UCGGGUUUUUUCGCUCUUUGUCUCGAAGGACUUUUGCGUGAGCGGUGCCUCCUGCAAGACUGUCUUCCAAGUUCAACCAGCACCUCAAGAUCAUGUCACGAUCAAGCAGCAUGUCAAAACAGAGACCAGAGACGUCCGUUAGCUCGACGGCGGCGGAUGAGUCUAAUCACGAUGCUGACUCGUGGAGUCAUACUGAGUCGCCACUGCGUCGACGACGACAUUCUCCAACAACGUGUGCCUCAAGACCUCCAAGUGGCCACAAAAAAUCUAGGGGACAGCAUCGAAACACAGAGAAGAAGCAACUGAGUAAAACACGCUCACCUCGAAGGACGUCAACAAGAAAGGCUCGUCCACAUGAACUCUCCCACCAUGAAGAGCAUAAGGAGGAGAGUCCUGCUUCAUCCACAUCAGGUGUCCGAGUGAUGGUGCGUGGAUCUGCAGGACCUUCUAAUUUGCAGUCAUCAAAGCAGGGCAAACAAGCGAGUGCCAAACCCAAGGAAGGUUUGAGGCAGGCUGCAAACAACAAGGUGCUACAGGAGAUCCGCCGUCAUCAAGCAUCUAUUGCCACACUCAUCCCAAGACGUAGAUUUACAAUGCUGGCACAUGAAGUACUUGCACGGGUUACUGGCAAAAAGAACUUUAAAAUGCAAAAACUGGCAGUUGAAAUUCUCCAAAAGGAGACCGAAGCAGUAAUUGUCGAAGUUAUGGAAGCAAGUGACAUUAUUGCUAAGAACUCAAAGCGCAAAACUGUCACGCAAAAGGACUUCAUCGAUUUCCUUUCCAUUUUGAAAUGCUGUGGGGGAUUGCAAGAAAUCCUGUCGUAGAGGCAUUGUUUUGUUUUUAUGUUUAGGUGCAAAUUGCACAUUAUAGUAAAGGAUAUUUUUCAAGCUAAAACAUCAAAGGCUUAACAGUGUAACUUAGCUGCAAAGCACACCACUAAAAAAAUGGGCAGCUUUUUUGUAGCCAAAUGUCUUUGUGCCUAAGCCUCAAGGCAGAAGCAUAGCAUUCUGCUAUUAAGCACAUGAUUGCAGGUUCAAGUUCCGACUACAGCAGCUGCAUUCUGAUGAGAGCAGAAUGCAAUGCUCCUGUGAUGUGCUGUGGGUGCACAUUAAAGAACCCUAAGUGGUGAAAAUCGCACUUUCUCCCAAAAAAGGCAUAGUUAGAUUUGUAGGAUUCCUCAACUAACCAAAAAGCUCCUCAGCAAGUUUGGUCGCUAUCUGCAUGGUAUAAAACAAGAAAAGGAUAUUUUUUCACAUGAUGGUGGCGCUCGCUUGUCGUUGAAAGCACCUGCGAAUGCUGUUCUCAAAACAUGGCCUCAGAGCAUGAGAGAAACUGGAUGCAGAAUGGAUGCCCUCUUUUGAACAGCUCUUUGCACUUUUUAUCCAUAAUAGACCUAUCAAGGCUGCAGCAUAACACAUAGAAAAAGUGCCAGAGAAAAGUAAUAUUUUUGGCUGUGGCGAGCUGUGAUUGAGUGUCAAAGUGUAACUGACUCAGAUUGGUAGAUUACAAUCGAAUUACAAUCAGUGGAUACUCGGAGUACAAUCAGCACAAAGCCCUGCUUGAUGCCAGCAAGCCAUCGGAGCCAUGAACCCACCUUCCAGCCUUUAGUAGCAAUACUGUAAAAAAAAAGCUAGUGUGUCUCUGUACAAUAGGCUCAGUAAGCCAGAGCUCUUUGACCGAUGUUUAAGGACAUGGACAUGGAAUGCGAAUGAAUUAUUGAAUGAAUUACUAUGGAAGAGGUGCCCAAGGACGGAGUUCACAUCCCUAAAAACAGGGGAGACUGCAGCAACUUUGGCUGUGCUAGAGUUCAAUUAGGGUGCAUGCGCCAUCAAGAGAGUGCUCGAGAAGCUGGAGCUGUACUAUGGAGUCGAGGCACGGAAGAACUUUCAGCAAGCAAACAAGGAUUUCACGAGCACAGACAAGGGAACUGGACAGCUCUAAAGCUGAAAAAAAAAAGAAAACUAAGUGGUUGCCACCAGGCAGUGUCCUAAUGAAGAAGAGAGCCCAAGUAAUGUAGCAAGCGCCCUUGAUUAAUCACUAUUCACCGUAAAGUAAAGUAGCAUGUUCUGCAACCUUUGAACUGAUUUUUCUCAGUUUGCACUUGUUGGCAGAACAACACUUUUACGAAAAUCCACAUUACCUUUCCAAAACCUGAUUUAAAGAUAGUUUCUAGACUGAAAUUUUAUCAAGUACAAGAUGAGGUACUUUUUCAGUUUUCCAACACACAUGAAAAUAUCAGAUAUUUGACAUGUGGUAACACACAGACAAACUUGGUUUUCAAGUGAUGAGGUUUUUACAGAAAUUGCAUAAAUAAAAAGUGGCUGCUCUUGUCCAGCACUGAAGACAACCUAGAAAGUAUAUAUUCAAAGAUUAUCUCUAUUACUUUUGAAAUUAUAGUUUUUCUGAGCUGACACACUGAACUGCUCAAUAUGGUGACCAUAAUUUUUUUUUGUUUCCGAUAAGGUGAUGAAAUUUAAAAUGUUUCCUAAUGACAAGAAUAAAUUUAACAUAAAUCACUCCACAAUACUAUUUCAUUAAAAUCAGUUAAUCAGUUCAAAAGUUGACCCUUCAGCCUUUAUAUAGGCCCUUAUAUGGAAUAGGGCCUUAUAUUCAACAGCUUUGAAUUUCUGUAGCUUUUUGAUCUAGUGGACCCCAUUCUAUGGCCGCUGGUAUUGCGGCCAUUCUUGGCCAAUUGCCAAAAAUGGGUAUGUGCUACUAUAAGACAAGGGGUAUAGAAGCUUGAAAUGUAUUUACAUAUGUGUUGCACUUCUCACUGCAUACAAUUCACCUCAUCAUUCUUCGCUCAACAAGUAUCAUACAUUGCCUUCAUCCUCAUGGCAUCACUGUGCUGACGUCUCACACUGUGCAUCUGUCUGCUUUUGUCUUUGCAUUUCGGCAUAGCUUGUGAAUAGUGUAGUGCUAAAUAUACAUGUUGCACAGGAUGAAAAUAAAAACCUUUAGCUGUAAGGCAUUUAACUGCUUAAGAAAGCUUCAUUUACAUAGACUCUAAUAUGUGCAUUGGGUAUGCACAAUUUUUCUGAUAACAUCUGUGCCUACAUCAUGAAUGCUGCUGCAGGACAUGGUUUUGCUUAACUGCUAAGGUGAAGCAUUGAAAUACAUUGCAAGUAUAUGUAAUGAAAAACCAGAGAUCAAACUGUUAUUUUGAUCCCUGAUUCUCACCAUUUGUGGCAGCGAAGGUUUUAAAGACAGUGGUCACAUUUCUUGCAUUUUGUAAGCAAAAUGCAUGGCAGCUGUUGCCAUCAUCAGCAGCACUAUGUGCCAUCAGCUUGCCUGUGGUCAUAUCUCUCUGUGUACCUGGACUGCUGGCUGGACUGGAUUGCAGUCAGAGUGCAUGUGACCACUGCUCAUCUGAUCUACAUGUUGAAUGAAUGUGAAACACAUGUAGCUUGCUGCAUAUGGUACCCUAUGCGCAUCAUUGAGGUAGGGGCUGUGUGUGGUUUUAUCAGAUGGCACAAGAUGAAAGACAUUUACUAAGCCAUGCAAGUGAUCACCUAAGCACAAAAGGAGUGGCAACAUCUACUUCAGAAAAAAUGGCUUGUUAUUGCUGUUAAACAAAUUUUACGAAUAUGGCCUAGCCCCAUCAUACUGUCACGCUGUUAAAUAUAAUAAUUUCCAUCUUGAAACAUUAGCAGCAAGCAUUUCGAUGCAUGCUUUCCUAUUAAAGGGUGCAUACCAACUCUUUGAAAUAAUUACAUGCUAACGAUCGGUAAAAUACACCAUACCUCAACCAUAGUUUGAUAAUCAGUCGAUUGGGCCUGAAAAUGUUUUUACACUUAAUUUUUUUUUACAUCAUUGUUGCUGCAAUGACUCUUCUGUUUCACACAUGCAUAAAAAGUUUCUGUGUGUGCUGCUUUCAUGUGAUAAAACUGAAUAUGCCUGUAUAUGAAAGUUGUUUCUCUGGAUUAGACAGGGUGUUUCACGUAACUUGAAACAAGGAUUUAAAGGAAGUCGUUAACCGCAGCUCGGUGACACCAACAAGAUAUGGUUUGCCGUCAUGUAGCACUCCUCAAUAUAUUUGUAUUCUGCUUAAUUGGUUAAUUAACUGAAAUCAAUUAUACAAAAUUUUUAUAUUCACUUUAGGGCCAAGUGCAUUUCGUUACGUUGUUAGGGGGUGCAGGAAUCACUGAUUCUUUUCAGCAUUUAAAGAAAACUCACAAAAUAUGAAAUUAAAAAAAAAAUGAAAUAAAACCAUGUGACUGCGCUCAUGCGUUAUCGUAUUGCAGCGCUCUCAACCGUGCUUCGAGCCUAUCACUUAUCGGUGACGAUGGCGCUUCCUUUCAGUGUGGCACCAUCAAAGAUGUUGACAUACUGUUAAGCCAAUGCCUAGAGCCGCGGCCGUUUUGCCACGGUCUGCACGCACAGUUCUUUCGCUCGUAGCACUGUUGAGAGCGUUGCAAUACGAUAGCACAUAACUGCAGUUACGUGGUUUUAUUUUAUAUUUCGCAGGCUUUCUUUAAAUGCCGAAAAAAAAAAAUCGCCAUACAGCAUGUACUUUGCCACAAAAAAAUUUGAUUAGUCGUUUCUGAAUCCCCUCUACAACGUAACGAAAUGCACUUGACCCUGAAGUGAAUAUUCAAUAUUUUGCAUUAAUGAUCUUAGGAAAUACUGUAAGGAGCGCCACAUGACAGCAAGCCAUGUCAUCGGUUUCAUUCAGCUGCAGUUAACUACUUUGUUUAAAUCCUUGGUUCAAGUUAUGUGGAACACCCAGUAUUAGUAUGCAUAGUGUGCGAUGAAUUUAUGGAAAUAAUUUUUCCAUCUGUUAACAUUUUGUUUAGUAGUGUUUCUCCGUGAUGCUGCCCACUAUAGGAGCUAUUGUCUUGUCAAGCUACUGUCUGAUGCAGCUUUUUGCAACCGCCCUUUUCUUGUAUUUCAAGGAUAAAUAAACGAGAGUUGAUUUGAUA